AUGGUGUUGCGCCUGCUGCUGCUGCUGCUGCUGCUCCUGCUGCUGCUGCUGCUGCUGCUGCAGUGGGUGACGAUAAUUCCUGUAGAGAGAGCAGCAGCAGCAAAAACUAUCAGGAGGGGCAGCAACAGCAGCAGCAGCAGCAGCAACAGCAGCAGCAGGAAGCAGUGCGUCCUUUGCCGAAUUUCUAUCGCGUUAUCCCACCGCAGCAGCAGCAGCAACAGCAGCAGCAGCAGCAGCAGCAGGCUGCAGCAGACGAGCAAGGAAGCAGCAGCAGCAGCAGCUGCUGCUGCUGCUGCUGCUGCUGCUGAUGCAGCGGCGGGAGAAGCAGCAGAAGCAGAGACAAACAGCAGCAGCAGCUUAGAAGCUCUCGCAGCUGGCAUUGCUGCUGCAGCAGAAUACGUUGAAGUGCUGCUGGAGGCUGCAGAACAUGGCGUUGCGCCUUCUGCUGCUGCUGCUGCUGCUCCUGCUGCUGCUGCUGCUGCUGUUGCAGUGGGUGACGAUAAUGCCUGUAGAGAGAGCAGCAGCAGCAAAGACUAUAGGGAGGGGCAGCAACAGCAGCAGCAGCAGCAGCAACAGCAGCAGCAGGGAGCAGUGCGUCCUCUGCCGAAUUUCUAUCGCGUUAUCCCACCGCAGCAGCAGCAGCAACAGCAGCAGCAGCAGCAGCAGCAGCGGCAGCAGCAGCAGCAACAUCGCCAGCAGCAGCUGCAGCAGCAGCAGAAAAAUAUAUUUUAUGAGCAGCUGACGGCAUUCUUGACCGCCAUAGGCCACCCGACAGCAGCAGCAGCAACAGCAGCAGCAGCAGCAACAGCAGCAGCAGCAACAGCAGCAGCAGAGGACUUGCAGCAGCAACACCAGCAGCAGCAGCAGCAGCAGCAACAGUGGCUGCCUUGA